ACAGUGUCCUUUAUCCAGUCAGUCGACUUCGGAUCACGCUCUCGUGAACACAUACCGUCGACCUUUGCCGCCGUUACACAUCCAACGACGUCGUGCAAUCAAUGUGGAAAUUCGAGGUUAUAAAAUUUCGCGGUGUUCUACCAACAGAAACUUAUCAUGAACAAAUGCCGAUCGAACACCGCAGUCUCGUGGCAUAGAUCCGUUCCUUUUACCGUUGGCAAUAUGACGGCCUUAAAGUCGUGAGUCUGGAUCAACGAUGUUAGCGAUCAAGUAUGCGGUCGUCGUCUCGUGGAUGUCGGUGGUCGCAUCUAAAAUCCAAGAGGAUUGCGUCUUAGUGACAUCGUCGAACGUCUUGUUGCACGAUGUGUACUGCGAAGUCAUACCGUACGAAAUCGACAUCGGUCGCAUGGACAACACGACCAGACUAGACUUAUCGGGAAACCGCAUCAGAACGUUAUGUGUGACCAGCAAUAGAAACUCGUCUCUGGGCGAACUCGAUUUGUCCCAUAACGACAUUUCGGGCCCUUGUUCGGUGCAGAUAAACGAAUUGGUGCGAAUCGAUUCCAUAGUUUUGUCGUACAAUCGAGUGAAAAAUUUCUCCAUGUGUUCGGCGAUGAGGAACAUGACCAUCAGCUGGAAUCACAUCCAAUCUUUAAGCAAAGCCGACAUGGUAAACGCUACGUCCUUGGAGGCACUGGACCUGGGCCACAACGUCAUUUUGUGGAUAGAAAACGACACGUUCGCCGGCCUUCCGGAUCUUCAGUGGUUGAACUUGCGGGGAAACAUGUUAAGUAGAAUAUCGGAAAAGACUCUUCCCAGUGUCACGUUGCGACACCUCGACUUGUCGGAAAAUUACCUUCUCGAUCCGUCGACGGCGUUUCAACCGUUCGAGUCUUUGGUCGAGUUGAACAUAGCGCAAAACGUGCACUUGGCUCCGGCCAUUUUGGGUUCGGGCCUGAGACUCCAAGCCUUGGACGUUUCUCGCACCAACCUCACUGAAGUACCGGCCACGCCAGCACCGUUGUUGGGUUCGCUUUCCCUCGGUGGUAACGCGAUCCAGACAAUCCGCAGCGGUGAUUUAGACGGGUUUCCACUGCUUCGGACGCUUAACAUCAGCAGCAAUCGUAUUAGCUCGGUGGAAGAAGACGCUUUCGGUCGGUUAGAUUUACUAACCGUGCUCGACCUGAGCGGUAAUCUAUUGGACGCGGUACCGAAGAGUUUGCCCGGUGGACUGGAAAUCCUAGACCUCAGCGUUAACCGAAUCCAUAAUUUGACAGCCGAAGACUUUCUCGGUUGUGGACGGCUUAAGGUGUUGAACGUCCGAAAUAAUGGGUUGAAGCAUGUACAGGAUUUUUCGUUGACUCCGCUGAAGUUCCUCGACGUCUUGGACUUGUCGGAUAACCCGAUUGAAUUCAUCACCAGAGAGAUGCUGACGGGCCCGGUUAGGUUGAAAGAGCUUAACAUGAAAGGAAUGGACGCUUUGGAAACUCCGGCUUUUCCGUUCACGGACACCCAAUACCUGAACAAGCUUCGACUCUCAAACAGCACACACCUCGCCGCGAUUUUGUUCAACGACAGCGCCGUGUUGUCUUCGAUGUUUCAGUUGGAAUACUUGGACGUGACGGAUUGCGGCGUCAAGACGUUGCCGGACCGGCUACCUUACUACAUGCCGAAAAUGAUAAGUUUGAUUACGAACGACCUCGAGUGCACUGGCCCGUGGUUGAAAGAAUGGCUGUGCGAAAUACACUCAUCUUGGGACAAUCAAAAUCCAAGGUCGGAUACAACUGAAGUCAGACUCAGGAGCUUUUUGCCUACGCCGAAAAAGUCACCGUCGGAACAGUUGCAAUGUACAGGUGCCGACGGUCAGUUGCGAGGCAUAUACGACCCAGAGUACUGCGCCAAUCAGAUGACGACAACUUCGAUGACACCGGCUGUGGAUACGUUCACGACGGAGCAGUUUGCCGUUUUCGAACGAUUGAGAGCUAAAAACGAACCAAAAGCGCCAGACGAGGCACACGAGGCUACUCAUCCCGGGGUGGUAGUGUUCUUUUUUGUUGUGCUACUGUUGAUACUUUUAGCACUGGGCACAGUUUGGAUCGGCGUGCAAGGCGUUCCUCUCAAGAGAAUGCGUUGGAAGCAGAGUCCGAUUGACGUGGACUACCAGUCCAUAGAAAUUAAAAGCUUGGAGAGUUUAAAUCACGUGGAACGCUGGUAAAAUAAGUGUAAAAUUUUACACGUGUGUGUGUUUAACCCAACUUACAUCGUGGUUUUUUGCUUGUCACCGUUUCGACAUUAUGUCGAGCCGAAAAGAACCAAUAGGGUACGAGUGACGUUUGUUUUCAAAAAUAUGUUUUCGAUCUUACAGUAUUUGUCAAUAAAACUUUUUUCUAUUUGUAUUUCUCAAUUUUCAAAAGAGAAUGUGAAAGACAAUAAUUAACGUCGCCCAUAGAACACGUUGAAAUUAUAAUUUUCAUUUUGCUCUCUUGAAAUAUUUGAUAAAACUCGCUUAUACCCUUUUGGUUCUCACACUUGAAAAGGAAACAUUUAACUAUUAUGAAUAUCAUUAAUACUAAACCAGCCUAAACGAAAAUCAUUCUUAACGAAAAUGAUUUUGUCUUAAUAUUUUCUACAUGCCGUUUUAAUAUCGUUUACAAAAGUAUAGCAGAACAAAAAGAGCCGCUUCAUUUACCAUAUUGUAAAUAUAACUUAAUUUUGUUUUUGUAUAACGCAAAUUACUUGUCUUACUUUAAAUUUAAUUUGAUACGUCUUGUAAAAAUAUAAAAAUAAUGUUACAUAUAUAUUACCAUUAAAAUAAAUAAUAGUUAAUACUCUU